CCAAAUGAUCACUCUGCAACUUGUCCUCAUCUUCUUUGUCAUUCUAUAUAUCUACUACACUAUACAUUACACAAACAAUCUUCUCAUAAGGAAGUCCUACUAUCACUACCAAUACCAUUAAACACAAGUCUCUCUAUUCCACUAUGCCUUCAAGAGUCCCUGAUGCCUCUCACCAUAAACAUUUAGACUUCAAUUCAGUAAAAGAACUACCAGAGUCUCAUGCAUGGACAUCACUACUAGGCGAUUACCCCUCUGGACCCGACUCAUGUGGUGUCGGGUCAGUACCGAUUAUUGAUCUCGACGACCCGAAUGCCCAAAAACUUGUAGGUCAUGCAUGCAGUACUUGGGGUGUGUUCCAAGUCACCAACCAUGGCGUCAAAAAUAGCCUUCUCAACAGCAUUGAAGCCGCUGGGAAGAGCCUUUUCUCUCUCCCGAUUCAGCAGAAGCUAAAAGCAGCUCGCUCACCUGAUGGUGUCUCUGGCUAUGGCGUGGCUCGCAUUUCUUCUUUCUUUCCCAAACUCAUGUGGUCUGAAGGGUUCACUAUUUUUGGAUCACCACUCGAACAUGCUCGCCAACUUUGGCCCCAAGAUCAUAAUCAAUUCUGUCAUGUAAUUGAAGAGUAUGAGAAAGUGAUGCAGCAACUUGCAGGGAGGUUGAUGUGGCUAAUGCUUGGAUCAUUGGGCAUAACCAAGGAGGAUAUCAAAUGGGCCGGCCCAAAAGCAGAUUUCAAAGGGGCUAGUGCUGCCAUACAGCUAAAUUCUUACCCGGCAUGUCCUGACCCGGAUCGGGCCAUGGGUUUAGCUGCUCACACGGACUCGACCCUACUCACCAUUCUCCACCAGAACAACACCAGCGGCUUGCAAGUCCUCCGGGAGGGAGCCGGGUGGGUCACGGUUCCUCCACAACCCGGUACUCUCGUGGUCAACAUAGGGGACCUCCUACACAUACUAUCAAACGGGUUGUACCCGAGUGUCCUCCACCGGGCUAUGGUGAACCGGACCCAACAUCGGCUCUCCAUAGCCUACCUCUAUGGCCCACCCACUAAUGUUCAAAUCUCACCACUCUCAAAACUAGUAGACCCAAGCCACCCUCCUCUCUACCGGCCGGUCACUUGGACCGAGUACCUUGGCACCAAAGCAAAACAUUUUAACAAGGCACUUUCAUCGGUCCGGCUAUGCAUUCCGCUAAAUGGAUUGGUUGAUGUAAAUGAUCAUAACAGAGUGGAAGUCAGCUGGAGACAAUUACCAUAUAUCAAAAUGAUGUGACAGUUGUAUUAUUGUUAGUAUUUUUGUUUUGGGGACUCACACUUAUUGGAGGGUUGUGGGCUGUAAAAGAAGCAAGUUAGGAAAGAAUGAGGUUUGUUCCCAUGAAAAAGGACUUAGAAGAUAAGCUGUAUCAAAUCCAAUAAAUGGAUGCAAACAAACACAGUCACUGUUGAGCUUUUUGUCCUUGUGUGGAUAGAGAUUGAGAAAAAAUUGCCCAACUUGAAUAUUCAACUAAACGACACUCGCA